UUUUCUUAUAAAGUUUUUUCUUUUAGUUCAGAUAAGCAGAACACUCUGGGUUUACUCUCAUCCAUGGCUAUCUCCAUCAACUCGUUUACUCUCUCUUCCGCUUUACCUAAGAUGGAGUUAAGAGGUGGAAAUUCGGGACUCUGGAUUAGCUCGCAGAUGAUGCCUCAAAUGAAAAAGGAGGGUCGUGGACGACGAGUGUGGAGACGAAGAAAAUUGAUAAAGAAGGAUGAGUAUAUGGAACCCAAAAUGGAGCGCGUUCCUUUCCUGGAGGAGCAGGUGAGAAAGAUUAGGGAACAGGGAAAGCUGUUGACGUUGGACAUAGAGAGGUUAAUGUUAUCAGAAGACAAUCGUUUCGAAUUUGUGAACGAGAUAGCAGCUGAGGCCAAUGAAUACGUUGAGAACAACAGGGAUGAGUAUGGAGGUGAGAAGAAAGCCAUUCUUCAUGUUUUGAGCAACCGAAUGAACGAUGCUGGAAUUUACAGGCCAGAGGCAUAUUAUGAGCCUGAUCAUUUUCAGCCUGGACCCCAUUAUUUGAGGGAAGAAUUUACUUGAGCGCCAAAGAAGUGUUGUGCUGCUAUCUUAAACUAGGGACAAUAAUUUACAUAUUUUCUUCACUUAGCUUAAGCUAUUUCCUUCUACACUAGCUACUGUGUCUAUGCAAAUCAGAGCCACAUUCAAACCGAAAUAAAAUAGCAUCACAGGGUAUUUUUCUACUCA